AUGACUGCCGUUCCCGAAAACCGCCUCAAGGCACCCUUCUCGGUCAUCGUGCACCCCUUUGACUCGCCCACCCGUCACUCGUGCGCCUACGAGCUCGUCACGGCCAACUCGGCCGGCGCCCGCCAUGCGCUCGUCUUCAUCGGCGGCCUGACAGACGGCCCGCACACCACGCCCUACAUCCGCACGAUUGCGCACCAGCUGGCGACCUCUGACGCUGCCAAGGACCUGGGCUACUCGGUGUUUGAGCUGCGCAUGUCCAGCUCGUUCCACGGCUACGGCUUCAAGCGGCUGACGGACGACGUGGCGGACCUGUCGGCGCUGGUGACGCACCUCAAGGACAACCUGGGCCGCGACAAAAUUGUCUUCCUGGGCCACUCGACGGGCUGCCAGGACCAGAUGGCGUACGCCAAGGCGAUGAAGGCGGGCACGAGCCCCGAGGUCAGCGGCUUCAUCCUCCAGGGGCCCGUGUCGGACCGCGAGUGCCUUGUGCCGUAUUUUAAGCCCGGCGAGCAUGACAUGACAGUGGCGGCGACGGAGAGGAUGAUCAAGGAGGGGAAGGCAGACGUGAUUGUGCCGCCCGAGUACAUGCCCGAGAUGAUUACGGCACCGCACUCCGCCUACCGCUGGCACUCUCUGGUUUCGUUCAAUGGCGACGACGACUUCUUUUCGUCGGAUCUGCCCGACGAGCGUCUCGCUGACGAGUGGAGUCAGUUCACCAAGCCAGUCCUUGUGCUGCCGUCCGAGAAGGACGAGUGUGUCCCCAAGACGAUCGACGUGCCCAAGAAUGUGGCGCGCUGGAAGUCGUUCUGCCCGCCGGGUGUCUUUAGUGAAUUCUCGGGCUCCAUUCCGGGUGCGAGCCACGCGGUUGAGCAGCCCGAUGCACAGUUAUGGGUGGCCGACCGGGUAACGAAGUUCCUCAAGAGCUUGGAAUAA